GUUCGUUUAAAAAACCCCGCCACACCUGCAUAGUAAACACGUCAUCUGUAUAAUUUUAAACUUUUUUUUUGUUUGUACACACACUGGGGCAGUUUUUCUCUCUCUCUCUCUUUUCUUACCUUCUUCCCCUUUCUUUUGUUUCUCAAUUUUUUUUAAUUUUUUUUAUCUCCUUGUUAUUCUAAGCAAACAAAAUGGCUGAUGAACUUGCAGGUUCAUCUUUUUUAGGCACCAAUAAUUACUUUAUGCCCAAGUCCAGGUCCAUCUCUUUUGCGGUGGAAGAAGACCCCUGGAGUGCAGCAGGCUUUGAUCCCGUAGAUGAAAUGAGACAACCUUUACAUCAAACACAGGCCAUGGAUGAGGACAUGGUUACUGAAGGCAUCACGGCUGCUAAUGUCUUGGUCGGAGUUGAUUUGCCAGAGAUAUUCGAUACCGCUUAUAUUCGUGCAGGUCCUGUUGGUGACCGUGUCAGUAUUGAUUCGCUCCAAGUCAUCAUUGGUUUAGGAGGUCUUGGUCCACGUUUAUAUGAGCAAAUUUCCGCCAUGAUUGUGCCCUCAGGUGCAAUGUAUGUGACCCGAAAUGAGUUUAAUACUGCUUUAGCGCUCUUGGGUUGCGCACAAAAGAAUAUGGAUUUAUCGCUCGUUAAAGUGUAUCAACAUCGUAAUGAUCUGCCUGUGCCUUUAUUAUCUAACCUGGAAACGGUCUCCAUUAAACGUGUGAACCCUUUGAUGACCAGCAGCAAACCCAAAUCUACCGGCUACGACGAUGAUCCAUGGCGAGUUUCGUCUACACCGCCACGAAACGAUUUUCCCGUCUAUCAAGAUGUUCCUAUCAAAAGAAGCAUCGCACCUAAACCCAUGAUUGUACAACCCGUAGCCGACAGACAUAUAGACAAAGUCUCCACUCAGGCGCUUGUCAAGGCCUCCACAGAGAGUUAUCAAUGGUUCUUGGACUUGGAUCAAAUCACAGUAGCCGUGGCAGAAAAGGAAGGGUUUUUAUUUACACACGUCAACUAUUGGGUUCAUAGCACACAACGUCAAACGUCCGUAAGAAGAAGAUAUAGUGACUUUUAUUGGUUUUGGGAAACGCUCUUAAAAAGGUAUCCAUUCCGUGUCGUGCCCAACUUACCACCUAAAAAGAUCUCUGGCAAGGAUAAGGCGUUUUUAGAAAAGAGAUGUCAAGGUUUAUCACGUUUUAUAAAUUGCGUUGUGCGACAUCCAGUCUUAAAAAACGAUGAAGAGGUUAUAUCAUUCCUGACAGAACAAACUGAAUUUGUAGCCUGGAGAAGAGCAAAAUCCCCUUUGGUAGAUGAAGAAUUUGUGCGUCUCAACCCUCAUACCGAGGAUCUCGAAAGUUUCAUACCCAAAGAUUUAAAUGACCGUCUCAAUGAAAUGAAGAAACGAUUACCUCAAUCCAUUGAAAAGUAUGACGAGCUGUGUAAUGUAAUGGAUCGAUGUAUUCGAUUAAAAGAAGCAAGAGCUCUAGAGAUGAAGAAAUACAAUAAUACCUUAAAGGAAUUGAGUGAAAUCGAACAUGUAUGCUUUGUAGCUGACUGUCAGGCAUGUACACAAGUAGUACGUGGCUAUGAAUCUGUUGGUACUUAUAUGAGCGAGGCCAGUACUAUAAUUGAAUUGGAUGUGGCUUCUGCCACGACAGGCGUCCUGGAGAACUUGAAGAGACACCGCGAUAUUUCUAUUGCCUUUCUUGAGAUGCUGGAAAGAAAAGGUCGACUGGAGUCCAACCAGAUCAGCACGCUUUACAAAAAAGUGUCUGCAAAUAAGGCUAAAGUGAACCAGAACCGAGGUGUACCUGGUUUGGAAUCCGAAGUGGCUAGAUUAGAUGCCGUAAUCAAGUCGGAUUCGGAGCAAUUGACCUACCAACAAAGACGUGACACUUAUAUUCAAUACUGUGUAGCAACUGAAGCUUCUUACUUGCACAAGCAACAAUCCUUUGUAUCUUUACUCUAUCAGAAUUUCGUGCAUGAACAACUUCAAUAUGCACGCAGAUCUGUUGAUAAUUGGAAGGCUUUGGAAGCUGUUCUAUGUGAAAUGCCCAAACCCGAAGAUUUUGCUUAAACCCCCCCCCCCAAAAAAAAACUUAAUUGAUUUCUCAAAAGAUAUACCCCACACCCACACACCCACACACCACGGCCCUUUCUCUCUCUAUCUCUCUCUAUUGGUCGCCCCUUUAUAUGUAUAACCAUCUGACACAAAAUAAAUGUUUUGUUUUUGAGAAAAAGUUAAAACUGCCACAUAAAUUACGACCAGGCACAUACUUUAUGUCGAAACAAAUUUUAUUGAAUCCCACUGUGAUUGACAUUGUCAUUGAGACAACAAUUGGAUCUGAAGGAAAAUGCAACUAUUUAUACAUUUACUAUUUUAGACCGAUAUAGAAUACAUCACUCUGCGGCUGUACUUGUUGCUACAGAAAAACACGCAUAUGAGCCUCUAUUUAUGCCUCC